CGCCUUCUCUUUACCAACCCCGUGUCCUUGUUUCGCCUUCUCUUUACCAACCCCGUGUCCUUGUUUCGCCUUCUCUUUACCAACCCCGUGUCCUUGUUUCGCCUUCUCUUUACCAACCCCGUGUCCUUCUUUCUCCUUCUCUUUACCAACCCCGUGUCCUUCUUUCUCCUUCUCUUUACCAACCCCGUGUCCUUCUUUCUCCUUCUCUUUACCAACCCCGUGUCCUUCAUUCCUCCUUUCCAGACGGAUACCAGCCAGACAGACCCAUGGAGGUGACAGUACCAAUCAGGACACAGUCGGAGUGUGAAGGGGCGUAUGGGAGUCAAGCCAUCACAGAUAACAUGAUAUGCGCCGGGCUGCCUGAAGGGGGGAAGGACUCGUGCCAGGGAGACAGCGGGGGCCCCCUGACCGUGGCUGAGGGCGACGGACGACACUACCUGGCCGGCAUCGUCAGCUGGGGGUACGCUUGCGCCGAGCCGGAAUACUAUGGCGUUUAUACCGACGUGCCCAAUUACAUAGAGUUCAUUCACGAAACAGUAACGAAAGCAACAGACGCAUGAACUUGAGUCGUGGUUAAUGUGACUCGCCUUCACCCUAUUUACCGCUGCGCCAAUAGGAGUGUCACGCAGCCCAGGAGAGUACCAAAGGAUGGCUCCGGAUACCACGGGACGCGACGGAACUAAAAUGAAUUCCAUUGAACUGAGAGAGAGAGAGAGAGAGAGAGAGAGAGAGGGAGGG